UAUAAAAGGGGUAGGCCGGCUCCCUCACGUUGACUGGUUCGCGAGAGGACCUCGCGAAAACACAACAACGUCCCUACCGAUUUAGGGGGCGCUGAAGCGUACGGGAAGGCCGCCGCAGACGACCACGCCGUCCACUCCGGUACAAGCCAGAGAGACGCCGCUACCUGCUUGGUACGACGACCUCCACUGCUGCGACUAUGGCUCACUGCCGCGACUCUACGACUACGUAUGUCAUCCUCCAGUAUUACCUUCCCCUAAUCGCCACUGUUCUUGUACUCUAGUCAUGACCAGUAGCAUGUCGAUGUUAUUCUCCUGAAGCUUAAGUUCUAACACUUAAUACUUACAGUUCCAUACUUCCAUCACCAAUGAGCAAACUAACCAAGCAGCUACAAGCACUCACCCAAGCUUCGUCGCCUUUCCUCGCAACAGCAGCAGCAGAAAAUGGCGGAUGUGGUGCUGCUGGACCUGUGGGUGAGCCCGUUCGGGCAGCGGUGCCGGAUCGCGCUGGCGGAGAAGGGCGUGGCUUACGAGUACAGCGAGCACGAGCAGGACCUGUCGCAAAAGAGCGUGCUGCUGCUGCAAUCCAACCCCGUCCAGAAGAUGAUCCCCGUCCUGCUCCACAGCGGCAAGUCCGUCAGCGAGUCCCUCCUCAUUGUCCAGUACAUUGACGAGGCCUGGCCCGAGACGGCACCGCGCUCCUCUCCCCCGAGAUCCCUGCGCCCGCGCUCAGGGCCGCUUCUGGGCAGACUUCAUCGACAAGAAGGUGCAUACGUACCACACGUCAAAUUUCUUAAUUUGUGCAAUAUCAUGAAUCAUGAUUCUAAGCUCGAUUUUGGUCAUGUGGUUUGCCGUUAGAGCUUUGGUGCCUUAGUAAUAGAAGUGGAGU